CAAUAAUGAACGCUCUUAUCCGUAGGAACGCGUUACUUCAAUUGCAAUCAUCCAAAACUCGAAUGGCGUCAUAAUUAAUACGUAAUAAUAAUUCCAUCUACCCAUUCUUGACCUCAAUAACAUUUUUAGUGACGAUAAAAUGAUAAACCGAACGCAAAAUCCAACUAUCCAAUUAAAACAAACCCGAUUGCAAAGUCGGUCUGGCGACACGUUCAAGCUGAUAACUUUCUCGUUAAAAGUACGAAGGAUCGUGGUUAAUAUAUGGAGUAACCGAAAGACCGGCGAAUCGACGAUCUCGCGUUCUCGAUCCGAGGAAACAGCUGUUUUGCUAUUUGUUGGAAUUUAGUCGAAACGGUAUCAUUGGUAGACAUGUGUCAGAUUCGAGUGGCGUUAUUCACGACGAUGUUGCUGGCAAUAGUCGAGAUCUCGAUAGCCAACACGAUAAGCCGACAGUCCUUACAGUGUAAAAACGUCGCCAGGGAUGCGAUUAUGAAUAGCUGCAAGGGAGAAAGGAUAAAACGAUCCAUGGAGAAUGUCCAGCUAAUACUUCGUUAUCUACGUAAUGAGAAUGUGGAAGUUUCACGGCGUCCAGAAGAUCUGCUCGGCUUCAGCUUAAGCUCCGACGAAUUGGAAGAACUUCUGGACGAAAUCGGCUACAGAAUGCCCAGAAGUUCGAAGGAUCGGAGCAGGCAGAUCUUCCAAAGCGUUGCCAUGAAAUGCUGCCCGAAUCCGAAAUUAUGCUACGAUAAUCCAGGAAUAAUUCCUUGCAUGGGAUAUUAAUGACAACCUUGCAGUUCAUUAUUUAACUUUUUUAGAGUUUAGUAAUGAAUCGCGAGAUUAUCAUUGAUAUGCCAUGCGAGAAACUUUAGUAAUUUUAAUAAUUUUAGUACGAAAGAAAGUUUAGUCAUUUUUGAACAGAAAAUCUGAAUGACGACUGUUAUACGAUCGAUCGUACUUAAAUUUUCAGCUGUGCGUUGAGAAUCUUUGAGAAAAUAAAGUACUUAUUCGCUAAG